AUGCAGCUGGAAGAAGCAAAAGCGUUAGAAGAUCGAUUGCGUCGUAAGCAAGCAGAAAAGGAAAGAGAGUAUUUGAUCGUAAAACACCAAUUGGAGGCCGAACUGGAAGCGGAAGAAAGGGUCGAGAGUAGUCGUGCUAGCGGGCGAAGCGCAGGAUCUCAUCGUAGCCGACAUGAGAAUACCCGUGCAUGGGUCGCGCAGCAAAAUAAUAUACAGACACUAAAUGCUCCAGAUCUGAAAAUCGUUGCCAGGCCGACGCUUCAGCCACAGUCAAAUACCCCAGCAGCUUCAACCAGUGAACCAAUGAAUCAAGUAUGGAAUUGUGGUCGAAACAUCGUUUCCCAACGAACAUUUUCCCCAGCAGCACAUAUUCAAGAUGACUACGUGCGAAACACACUUGCGGAAAACGUACAGCAACUUCCUAUGCAGACAGGACCGUCCAGCUCCGCGAAGUCUAAUGAGGCUGUAAACCAAGUGCGAACAUGUGACUUCUUCCCAGAACCUAUUGCUGCAGGAUUAAGCCGGGUGCCAUUCCCGUCGUUGAGGAAUUCGAACUCCGAGCCACAGCAGCCGUUCAAGUCUUUCACACCGGUGGCUCCACCGCAAUCCCGACUUGACCAACAAACACCGUUUGCGACACAGUGGCCUGGAGCCGCAGGAACUGUUCUGAUUACUCCCCAGCAAAUCGCCGCUAGACAAGUUGUUUCUCGAGAGCUCCCUAAAUUCUCCGGUGAUCCUCUGGAGUGGCCUAUGUUUUUGAAAGCAUUCGAAUCAACGACAGAGAUGUGCGGAAUCCAACCAGACGAGAAUCUAGCGAGAUUGCAGAAAAGCCUCGUGGGAAGCGCGCGAGAGAAAGUAUUGAGCAUUCUGACGCUGCCAGAAGCUAUUCCGGAAAUCAUUGCUACUCUGCGCGAAGAAUGCGGCCGGCCGGAUCAACUUGUCCAUUGCUUGCUUGCAAAGGUCCGAAAUGCUCCCGCUCCCAAUGUGAACAAGUUAGACACUUUGGUGACAUUUGGACGAGAAGUCAAGAACCUCGUCACGUAUAUCGAAGCCGCGAAGCUGCAAGAUCAUCUGGCUAACCCAAUGCUUCUUUCAGAGUUAGUUGGAAAGCUUCCCCCAAGUCUACGGCUGGAUUGGGGACUGCACCUUCAACGCAACCAGGAAGCAACACUGAAGGCCUUUAGCAACUUCGUCUCGGUGAUUAAAACGGCUGCGUGUCAAGUGUCAUUGGCAUCCGAUACUGUACCAUUGGAACAAUCGAAGCGAGUUAUCAAGAGGGAGAAGACAGGAUUUGUCAAUGCACAUUCCACCGAUGACGAACAAAAGGAUGAAACGCGUACUCAAUCAAGAACCGAACUGCGGCCGUGCAUUUACUGCCAACUAGACGGACAUAAAAUUCGAGACUGCAUCAAGUUCAAAGGAUGUCCGAUUGGGGAGCGUUGGAAGUUUGUAGAAGAACACAACCUCUGUCAACGGUGUUUGGCAGGUCACGGAAAAUGGCCAUGCCGGACCAAACAACCGUGCGAAUUCGACAAUUGUAAGGAAAUGCACCACAAGCUUCUCCAUCCCGGAAAGUCCGCCAAUGUUGCACCAAACCCAGUGGAACCACAAUCGGGUACAGUCAGCACACAUCGUCAAGAGACAUGCGGAACUCUUUUCAGAAUCCUCCCAGUAACUCUAGAGGCCAAGGGGAAAUCCAUCACCAUUUUCGCUUUCUUGGAUGAUGGAUCGGAGCUGACCCUUCUGGAAUCGAGCAUUGCCAGCGAGCUCGGACUUGACGGCGAAAGCGGUACUCUCUGUCUCCAAUGGACUUGUAACGUCACAAGGAACGAAGAAACGUCGCGCCGCGUGGAACUAAAUAUUUCGAACCACAACAAUCAGACAAAAUAUCCCCUGUCGGACGUCCGAACCGUUGAAAGCCUAGGACUACCUAAGCAAACUUUGGACUAUAAGAACCUGUCAAGACAAUAUCCAUAUCUGGACGGACUUCCUGUCGAAAGUUAUGCAGAGGUGUAUCCUCAAAUGCUUAUUGGACUGGACAACAUCAAAUUGACCGUUCCCCUUAGCAGGCGUGAAGGUAGAAACGGAGAACCAGUUGCAACCAAAACAAGACUUGGUUGGACGAUUUGUGGUGGACAUGCCAAUCAAUCGGGGCCAAAUCACAUCCACGUUCACGGUUGCCAUCGCAAAACGUCUCAAGAUCUGCACGAGUUGGUCAAAGACUAUUUCAAUAUGGAAACCGUCGGAAUCAAUAGUGUUGUCGUCCUACCGGAAGCACCUGAAGACCAACGCGCUCGGAAAAUCUUGAAAGACACCACCAAACGCACCGAGGAUGGCAGGUAUGAGACAGGACUACUAUGGAAUAAUGACGAGAUCAGACUUCCUAAUAGUUACCCGAUGGCUCUGCAGCGACAUAAGUGCCUCCAGAGACAAUUGACGAAAUCACCAGAUCUAAAAAUUGAAUUCGAAGAGCAACUUGCCGAAUUUCUCUCCAGAGGAUAUGCGCAUAAAGUUACUGAAGAAGAGUUCCGACAAUUAGACCAGCGCCGCACGUGGUUCUUACCUCUCGGGAUAGUUCGGAAUUCCCGAAAACCCAACAAAAUACGUAUCGUUUGGGAUGCUGCUGCCCGAGUUGGAGAUGUUUGCCUGAAUUCGGAACUGUUGAAAGGUCCGGAUAUGUUAGUCUCGCUUCUUGGAGUCGUCUUCCGUUUUCGUCAAAGAAUGUACGCUAUUGCAGGAGAUAUUCGGCAGAUGUUCUUACAAAUAAAGAUGAGAGAGAUUGAUCGUCAGUCGCAGUUGUUCCUAUACAGCUGCGAAGGGAUAGCUGAGCCGGAUAUUUAUAUGUUGGAUGUCGUCACGUUCGGAGCAAGAUGCUCUCCUUGUUCUGCACAGCACGUAAAAAACUUGAACGCCUUGGAACAUGCAACCGAGUUCCCCGAAGCAUCCGAAGCCAUCGUGAAAAAUACGUAUGUAGACGAUUAUCUCGACAGCAGAGAUACGAUAGACGAACUCGUAAAGUUAGCGAACCAAGUACGUACCAUCCACAAAAACGCAGGAUUUGAGAUACGUAACUGGCAAUCCAAUUCGGUUGAGGUCUUGGAACGAAUGGGAGACAAAAGCGACGAAGCAACGAAGAAUUUUACGGCCGACAAAACUACUGCAACAGAACGCGUGUUGGGUAUUGCAUGGAUCCCGUCCGAAGAUGUGCUCACGAUCAGCGUACAGUUCAAGGACGACCUGGAACCACUGCUGUCUGGCGAGGUAAAACCAUCGAAACGUCAAGUACUCCGUGUGGUGAUGAGUUUCUUCGACCCUCUCGGGCUAAUCUCGUUCUAUACGGUUCAUGGAAGAAUUCUAAUCCAGGAUAUCUGGCGGUCGGCAGUUCAGUGGGACGACCCCAUUACAGAGUCAGACUUCCUGAACUGGCAGCGGUGGAUUGUACGAUGUCCGAACUUAAACGAGGUGCGUAUACCAAGAUGCUAUUUCCCGGAUCGAUCGAAUGACGAGUGUUACACAAAUCUACAACUGCACAUCUUUGUGGAUGCGAGUGAGCAGGCCUACUGCAGUGUAGCUUUUUUUCGAAUAGUUGAUCAAGGGGUUCCACGGUGUGCACUUAUUGCUGCUAAAUCGAAGGUGACACCGCUGAAACCGCAAUCCAUACCACGCAAUGAGUUAAAUGCGGGAGUUCUUGGUGUGCGUCUAAUGAAGACUAUCUUGGAGAACCACACGCUGCCCAUCUCAAAACGAUUCAUAUGGACUGACUCUACGACUGUAUUGGCAUGGUUGCGAGCGGAUCCUCGACGUUAUCGCCAAUAUGUGGCACUGAGAGUUGUUGAAAUUCUGAACGAUAGCGACAUCAGUGAAUGGCGAAAGGUGAAAUCGGACGUAAACGUCGCCGAUAUGGCAACGAAAUGGGGAAAUGGGCCAUGCUUCGACCCCAAAAGUGUUUGGUUCAACGGCCCUGCAUUUCUCCAUGAGCCGGAUAUCGAAUGGGAUGUAGCAGAGCCAAUUUCAUCCGAAGUGAACGAAGAACUCAGAGCGGUACACGUACAUCUCAACACUAACAGCAACCCACCGGUCAACUUCACGAAUUUUUCGACCUGGAAUGACCUUGUUAAGAGAGUCGCCCAUCUGUACCAUUUCAUCCAUCAAUGCAGGUCAAAAACACGAACUAAUGAUAACACGAACAGAACCCCGAACGUGAUUUUGUCCCGACAGGAUUACGACCAGGCCGAGAAGAGUAUUUUGCGUAUGGUACAACUGCAACAGUUCCCGGACGAAGUGGCAUGCCUGCAGAAAGGCGCCAACUGUUCGAAAGAAUCGAAGAAUCGGAUUACGAAAUCAAGCCCACUCGUGAAACUGUCUCCGUACAUCGAUGAGGACGGCAUUCUGCGGAUGGAAACAUAG